AUGACUUUGGGCCCUUCCUAUGAGGGGAGUGAUGGGGCGGCCAGGGUCCUCUCCUGGGACACGGCCCUUACUCUGCGCUUCAUUGAGAGCACCUCCGCAGUCAGCCUGGCCGUCCAGAGGAGCGGGGAAUCCCAACCCCACCAGCUUCCCCACAAACAGGUGCUGCUCAGCCAGCUGCUGGAGAUCAUUAAGGCUGAGCCACGCAGCUCCCUGCUCUCCACAGUUCGUCAGGAGGCAAUGGUGGCCAUCGGGCACCUGAGUAAAGUGAAGCAGCCACUGAGCUGUGAAAAGAAUCAGGAGUUGAUGGAGCAGUGUCUUGAUAGUGUCUUCUCCCUGCCUCCCCAGGAGUUCACUGCGGAUGUGGGGCCCAUCCAGACUCUUUAUGCCAGCACCAUGGCCACCCUGGAGGGGCUAAUGGAGAUGUUGCUGGAGGAGGAUGAGACGCCAGAGCGACUCCAGAGAACCUUCCGGCUCCUGCAGAGAUGGCUGGUGUCAGAGCAGGUGUGGGAGCGUGCACGUGCCAUGCGGGUCAGUACCCACCUGCUGAGGGCGUAUCUCCAGAUGGUUACCAUCACCACACAGAUCCCUCCUGGCCAGUUCAGCACCCUGGCUGGGACGCUGGGCCCCUACACCUGUGACUCACUGGGCAGCAUCCGCCAGGGUGCAGGGGAUGCCAUCAGGUGCCUGCUAGACAUACAAGUUACCAAGCAGCCUUGGACCCUGAGGGGCCGAGAUAAGGAGUGGGCGCUGAGGUGCAUGUGUCAGGAGCUGCAGAGUGCAGAUCCCGGCAAGGUGUGGGAUGCAUCUAUCAAACUGGCCAAAAUCGUCAGCAGGGCCCUGCCCAAGGCGGAGAUCCUGCCCUUCACCCAGACCCUGCUGGAGAGCCUGGGGGCCGUGAGCCAGGCCUGUGACCAAGCCAGUGUCCUGUGGUUUCACACGCUCCUGACAGACCGCGCCAGUGACCUGAAGGACACAGUCCAGGCCAUCCUGAGCAUCACCAGCACCUACCUGCGCUGCACGGAGGACCCUGCGCCGAGAGGGCUCCUGGCCCAGGCAGUCUCGCUGCUGGCUCAGCACCACCAGGAGACUGUGAUCACCUACCUCCUACAGCGCCCCCUGCCAUUGGAUAGGGACAGCAAGGAGCUCUGGGCAGCUCUGGCUGCUGAGGAUUUCUUCCAGGAUAUCCUAAAGGAUUUGCUAGACCGGAUCCCCAGGGGGCCAGCAGCAGAGCAAGGGGCUGAGACCCAGGAGGUAGCAGUUGCCAGUCCCCUCUCGGUGGUCUGUGCCAUCGGCGAGGUGGUGAUGGGGGCAGCGGUCGGGAAUGGACUAGGCUCACUGCUCCCUGAGCUCUGCUAUGCCCUCCUGUACCAGCUCAGCCGCACCCUGGACAGCGACAUGCCAUUGCCCUCCAGGGCUGAGAGACCCCUGGCCGGCCCAAAGGGAGCUGCACCCCCACCCUCCACCCCCCGCAGGUAA